AGCCCUCAGGUCGGGGAAAUGAAUUAUUGAGGGGAAUCUGAGAGGCACAGAAGCCAUGGAGUGUGGAGAGGUGAUGGGCACAGGGGCUGCUUUGGGCCAGGGCCCCUCAGCCUCCGCAGCCCUCACUGACAACCCACAGGCCCGGUUGACCGUGGUGGUGGAAGUAGAGCAGACAAGAUCUGGCCCCAAGGAGACCUGCUGCCCUACGCUCCUUCUGGAGGGGGCCAGGAGCAUCUGCCUACUUCGGCCUGGGCCUCUGGAGAGUCAGGAACAAUGCAUCACCUUUGAUAGAGUCCUGGGUUCUGAUGCCGCUCAGGAGGCAGAGCAGGAGCUGCUAGCACGAGUCCGGCCCACACUGGGCUCCGUGGGCCGAGGGUACAGUGUGGCCCUGCUGCUUCGGGGUCGGGAAACAGAGGCGCCCCGGCUCGUGCCUCAGCUGCUACAGAUGCUGUUUGAAGAAGCUCUGCCCCUCAAGGGCUCUGACGCUAUGCUUAGCACUCUUAGCCUGGUACAGCUCAGUGCCAGUGGGAGGAGCCGGGACCUGCUGACUCCAGGGGCAGGGAACCUAUCCGUGCUGGAGGUGGCUCCUCUGGGCUUGGUGGUGGAAAAUGCCAGUGAAGUGGAGGUAUCUGACUCAAGAGCUGCUUCAGAGCUGUACUUGCGGGCUGCAUGUGGAGAAGGCAGGAGCUGCUCUCUGCUCACUGUCACCAUGUCCUGCCUGGGGCCUGACCCUCCUGAGGGGCCUGGGACCCAGGGCAUGUGGCAAGGAGCCUUGCGGAUCCUGCAGCUUCCAGGAGAAGUAGACUGUCCCCUGCUGCAGGUACUGGCUGGCAAUGUGGCUGGUGAGGAGGUGGAGGGCUCUCUGACCUGGGUUGUCUCAUGGCUUCUGGAAGGAAACAACUACAGUAGCCUCCUUCUUCGCCUGGAUCCUCAAGGCAGCCCCCUGAGCUUGUUCCAGUCUGCUUUGUUGGGGGCCGCAGGAAGGAGGAGGAAGGUGAAACACGUGAGGCCCACCCUGUGGGAUGCAGUAGAAGAGGCCCGGGCCCGCCGAGCUGGUCUGAAGAGCCUGCGAUCAGGCCUCCUUGGGGAUGCCCUGACAGACAGUGGGCUCAGCCAGCUGGGCAGGGCACUGCGGGAGCUGCAUGUGAGCAAGGUGGUAAAAGCCUGGAGCCAGCGUUGGGGAAGCUGGAUGCUCAAAGCGGUCAAAAUUGAGGCUGUGGGGCUCCCAGAACCACAGCUCCACUUCAUGGACAAGAAAACGGAGGCUCAAAAGACUAGCCACCUGCCUGAGCAGGUGACACAUUCAACAGCAAGCCCCAACCCAGGUCUCCAGAAGGAGCCUCAAGUGGCAGGAAGAACAGCAUCUAUAGGACCUGAUCUCCACCAAAUGCACCCAUUCAGGGACUCUGAGGAACAGGCCCAGCAGACCCCGGAUGUGGCCCUGCACUUCUUCCUGGCUCAGGCCCAGAGGCACAGACUGCGAGGGCAGCACCAAGCAUGGAUCCAAGAGGUGCUGAAGCACAUGGAACAGGACGACAAGGUGGUGGCGGGUGACCAGGUCAAAGGUCUGGUGGCUGAGGAGGACUCCAAGGAGAGGCAGAGAUGGCACCGGGAGCAGACAGUGCUGAGAUGUCACCUGGAGGCCCUUCAGGCAGAACGGGAUGCCGCGGAGCAGGACCUGACAGCACUCUAUGACCUACACGUGCAGGCUGCCCGGGCUCAGACAUGCCAUGUGCUGCAGGUAUUUCGAGCCUGGCGGGGGCUGUGCGAGGAGCAGGUCAUGACUACAGAGCAUCACUACCGCAGCCUGCUGGCCGGCAUCUUGCAAGACUCCAUCAGCUUGGCCACACAGAACCAGGAGCUCCAAGCCCAGAAUAAGCAACUUUGGCAGACCGGGUUGGCAGCGGUCGUGCUGGAUACCUGCCCUGAGGAGAAAUCUGGUGAUCAGGAAUCCGACAGGGGCACUUUCUUCUCUCCUCAUUUGUAAAGGUCCGAGAAGGGAGAGGAAGGUGGGACACAACAGCCAAGCUUACCUCUACUAUAGAUGAAUAAUCACAUCACUAACCAGUGUGCGUUGUGCCAGUCCCUGUUAAACGCCUAAUAUCCCUUAUUUGAUUUAGAGAUUUCCACUACCCUAUAUGGAGAUGGGCUCCAUCCCUGGGGGUCAGGAAGAUCCCCUGGAGUAGGAAAUGACGCAGAAGAGCCAGGCGGGUUACAGUCCAUGGGGUCACAAACAGUCAGACACAACUGAGUGCGUGCACACAUACACACACACUACCCUACAUUGUAGUAGGUAUCAUCUGAGCCCCAUUUCAGAGAUAAGCCUACUAAGGCUAGGAGAGGUAAGUGACUGUUCAAGGACAGUCUGCUAGUAAGUGCUGGAGCCAGAAUUAACACUCACACCUGGUUGGCUAUAGUUCUACACUGCAGGCAGUAGCGGUUCACAAGUUGGAGUGUGUGUCAGAAUCACCUAGGAAACUUACUGAAGAGAAAAAAAAAAAAGAAAUAAAGAUUCCCAAACCCCAAUCCCUGAGAUUCUGCUUCAG